AUGGCGAUAACAGCCUCCACCGGAAUCUGCAAACCCUCCGAACUAGCCCACCUCGUCCUCCGCACCGCCAACCCCGACAAACUCAUCUCCUUCUACCAAACCUUCCUCAACGCAAAAAUCACCGCCUCAAGCCCCCUCAUCACCUUCCUAACCUGGGACCACGAACACCACCGCCUCGCCAUCCUCAACGACCCCACCGCCGUCCCGCGCCAAGACAACGCCGUCGGCGUGGACCACUUCGCCCUGACCUUCGACUCUCUCGGCGACCUGCUGCAGUCCUACAAGGCCCGCAAGGACAUGGGCAUCGAGCCCGUCUGGUGCGUCAACCACGGCAUGUCGACGAGUAUGUACUACCGCGACCCGGACGGCGGCAAGGUUGAGACGCAGGUGGAUGCUUUUGAGACAAAGGAGGAUGCGAUUGCGUAUAUGCUGAGUGCCGAGUUUGGCGAUGACCCGAGGGGGGCGAGGUUUGAUCCUGAGGAGAUGGUCAAGAGGUUUGAGGCUGGGGAGGAUGAGAAGAGUUUGAUGAAGAGGUCGGCUUUUGCCAAGGAGGAGAUGAGUUUUUGA